AUGUCAAGGAAUCUCUUGCGCCAGUCCGGCCGCGUUGCCGGUGCUAUCUCGGCUUCUGGCAGAAUAGCUGCGUCUCGCGUUGUCACCCCUGCGCCCUUCAAUGCGGCAUCAAAACAAGUCCGAUCCUAUGCCGCCGAUGCCAAAGCUUCCCCUACCGAAGUCUCAUCCAUCCUCGAGCAAAGAAUUCGUGGUGUCCAAGAAGAGGCUGGCCUCGCUGAAACUGGUCGUGUUCUGUCCGUUGGUGACGGUAUUGCUCGUGUCCAUGGUUUGAGCAAUGUACAGGCCGAGGAGUUGGUCGAAUUCGCCUCCGGUGUCAAGGGCAUGUGCAUGAACUUGGAAGCUGGCCAGGUCGGUGUCGUGCUUUUCGGUUCUGAUCGUCUUGUCAAGGAAGGUGAAAGCGUUAAGCGUACCGGACAGAUCGUCGAUGUCCCUGUCGGCGAGGCUAUGCUUGGCCGUGUCGUUAAUGCCCUUGGUGACCCAAUCGACGGAAAGGGCCCCAUCAAGACCACACAACGAUCUCGAGCUCAGUUGAAGGCCCCUGGCAUUCUUCCCCGACGAUCCGUCAACCAGCCUGUACAGACUGGUCUCAAAUCCGUCGACGCAAUGGUGCCGAUCGGACGUGGUCAACGUGAGUUGAUUAUUGGCGAUCGUCAAACUGGAAAGACCGCUGUUGCUCUUGAUGCCAUUCUAAACCAGAAGAGAUGGAACAAUGGCAACGAUGAGACCAAGAAACUCUACUGUGUUUAUGUUGCUGUUGGUCAGAAGCGGUCCACCGUUGCCCAAUUCGUCAAGACUCUCGAGGAGAACGACGCCAUGAAGUACUCCAUCGUCGUUGCUGCCACCGCCUCCGAAGCCGCCCCUCUCCAGUAUAUUGCUCCCUUCACCGGUUGUGCCAUCGGUGAAUACUUCCGCGACAAUGGAAAGCAUGCUCUGAUCAUCUACGAUGAUUUGACCAAGCAGGCUGUUGCUUACCGUCAAAUGUCACUCUUGCUUCGUCGUCCUCCUGGACGUGAAGCCUAUCCUGGUGACGUUUUCUAUCUCCACUCUCGACUUUUGGAGCGUGCCGCCAAGCUUAACGACAAGCAUGGUGGUGGUUCUCUGACCGCUCUGCCCGUCAUUGAGACCCAGGGUGGUGAUGUGUCCGCUUACAUUCCUACCAAUGUCAUUUCUAUCACGGACGGUCAGAUUUUCUUGGAAUCCGAAUUGUUCUACAAGGGUGUGCGACCCGCCAUCAACGUCGGUCUUUCUGUGUCCCGUGUCGGCUCCGCUGCCCAGCUUAAGGCCAUGAAACAAGUCGCUGGUUCUUUGAAACUCUUCUUGGCUCAAUACCGAGAAGUGGCUGCCUUCGCCCAAUUCGGUUCUGAUCUUGAUGCCGCCACCAAGCAAACUUUGAGCCGUGGUGAACGUCUUACCGAGCUUCUGAAGCAAAAGCAAUACUCUCCCAUGGCUGUUAACGAAAUGGUUCCUCUCAUCUAUGCUGGUGUCAACGGUCACCUUGACAGCGUCCCCGUUGCCAAGAUCCUGCAAUGGGAGUCUGACUUCCUUGCCCACCUAAAGAGCGACCAACAAGAUCUGCUCCAAACAAUUGACAAGGAGGGACAACUGAGCAAGGAUCUUGAGUCUCGAUUGAAGGAGGUUGUCGUCAACUUCACCAAGAGCUUCACAUAG